AUGAGUAGCGUCCACUACAACCACUCCCUUGCUGCCAUGAGCGGAAACGACAUGAUGGCGCACUCUCUGACUCUGGAGCAGAAGACAGCAUUUGCUUUUGUGGGGAUGCUACUGGUGUUCUUGGGGCUGCUAAUAGUGAGGUGUUUCAGGAUCCUGCUGGACCCCUACAGCAGCAUGCCCUCCUCCAACUGGGCCGAUGGCAUUGAGGGACUGGAGAAAGGGACGUUUGAGUACGCCCUGACUUAA